GGACAGGAGGAGACGAGAGGAGGGUGCUGCUGGUGGAGGGACAUUCAGUCAUUGUUACAAACUCGAGGAGCGGCGGAGACCCCGUCGGUACACGUGAAUUUUCGGCUCAACAUUCAGACCGGAGGCUGACAUCUCCAUCUGUGGUUUUCAUAGAUAUUUCCUCCGAAGCAUCAUCACUGUCCGUGGAGACAGGAGAAGGCGGUCACUGCACAGCAUCUUAAAGGACCACAGCAUCUCCCAGGCUAUGGAGGUCUUGUGACACACUGCUGCUGCUGCUGCUGCUGCUGCUGACUGGAGUCCCCACGGUGAUGGAUGCAGCCAGCUUCAACCAUGGCAGUGCUGGAAUACGCUGCUCGUCCCAGACUGUUUCUCUGUGAGCUGAAGAGGAAGGAGAGACUACCAGACAGUCCUGGACACUCCUUGAGCCUUGUGAUUUCCACUUCCUGGUGAAUGAGCCAGAUGUUGAUGGGGCUCAACCCCUCUUCCUAGCCAGCCGUGCUCCUGGAUCUUUCUUCUCUCGUACUGUGUGCACCGGUCAUGGAUCUCCUGUGGGUGCUGUCGGUGUCCAUGCUGACGGCAUGCGUUGCCAUCCCCAUGGAUGCGGCGGAGGGGAGCCACAGCCUGUUCACCUGUGAACCCAUAACCCUGCGUAUGUGCCAGGGGCUGCCUUACAACUCCACCUACAUGCCAAACAUACUGAACCAUUACGACCAGCAAACUGCCGCCCUCGCCAUGGAGCCGUUCCAUCCCAUGGUGAACCUACAGUGCUCUCCGGACCUCAGGAUGUUCUUGUGUGCGCUCUACGCCCCGGUGUGUACCGAGUACGGGCGGAUGACUCUGCCCUGUCGCCGCCUCUGUCUGCAGGCCAAGAGCGACUGCUACAAACUAAUGGAUAUGUUUGGUGUCAGCUGGCCGCAGGAGAUGGACUGCAACAGGUUCCCAGACUGUGACGAGCCCUACCCCCGUCCUGUGGACCUCCUGUCCAGCUCAGACACAACUGAAUCCCCCAUCUCUGUCCAGCGGGACUACGGCUUCUGGUGUCCAAGAGAACUCAAAAUCGACCCAGAGCUCGGCUACACCUUCAUGGGUAUCCGUGACUGCUCUCCCCCCUGUCCCAACAUGUACUUCACACGUGAGGAGCUGACGUUCGCCCGAUACUUCAUUGGAGUGGUGUCCAUCGUCUGUCUGUCCGCCACCCUCUUCACCUUCCUGACUUUCCUCAUUGAUGUUUCGCGCUUCCGCUACCCAGAGCGUCCAAUUAUAUUUUAUGCUGUGUGCUACAUGAUGGUGUCUCUGGUGUUCUUCCUGGGGUUUUUGCUGGAGGACAAAGUUUCCUGUAAUGCAGCGAGUCCUGGGAGGUUCAGGGCUUCAACAGUGACCCAAGGCUCACAUAAUAAGGCCUGCACCCUUCUCUUCAUGGUGCUGUAUUUCUUCACCAUGGCCGGCAGUGUCUGGUGGGUCAUCCUGACCAUCACCUGGUUCCUGGCUGCUGUUCCCAAGUGGGGCAGUGAGGCAAUAGAGAAGAAGGCCCUCCUCUUCCACGCCUGUGCCUGGGGCAUCCCUGGUGUCCUCACAGUCACCCUGCUAGCCAUGAACAAGAUCGAGGGAGACAGUGUCAGCGGUGUUUGCUUUGUGGGGCUGUACAACUUGACGGCCCUGCGCUGGUUCCUGCUGGCCCCGCUGGGACUGGAUGUAGUGGUCGGUGUGGCUCUGCUGCUGGCAGGUAUAGCAGCGCUAAACCGAGUCCGCAUGGAGAUUCCACUGGAGAAGGAGAACCAGGAGAAACUAGUGAAGUUCAUGAUUCGUAUCGGCGUGUUCUCCGUGCUCUACCUGGUCCCUCUGCUGGCCGUCCUGGGCUGCUACCUUUAUGAGAACAGCUACAGAGCCAUCUGGGAGACGACCUGGGUCCAGGAGAAGUGUAGACACUACCACAUCCCCUGCCCCUACCAGGUGGAGCGCACCAGUCGUCCUGACCUGGUCUUGUUCCUGAUAAAGUACGUGAUGAUGCUGAUCGUAGGGAUCCCCUCAGUGUUCUGGGUGGGCAGUAAGAAGACCUGCUUCGAGUGGGCCAGCUUCUUCCACGGCAAGAGACGCAAAGAUGGGAUGGUCAACGAGAGCCGACAGGUGCUCCAGGAGCCUGACUUCGCCCAGCUGCUGCUCAGGGACCCCAACACGCCCAUCGUGAGGAAGUCACGGGGCACGUCCACCCAGGGGACCUCCACCCAUGCCUCGUCCACCCACCUGGCCAUGCUGGACGAGCCGCCGAGUGCCAGCACCAGCCGGGCUGGCUCGGUCCGCAGUGCACGCUCCAAGAUGAGCAGCUACCACGGCAGCCUGCACCGCUCUCGAGAUGGCAGAUAUACGGCCUCCAGUUUCCGGGCUGCAGACGACCGUCUGCCCUACGGAAGCAUGCCUCGCCUCAACGACCAAUCACAGUCGAGACACUGCAGCACCAAUCGCCUGGACAGCCUGUCACGACACGGCUCCACCCAACGACUUGAGAGCCAGUCGCGGCACAGCAGCAUCAGGGACCUCACCAGCACCACCCAAGCUGUUCUCGGUGUCCCUGGAAACGGGAUUCACAGAGUCCUGGAGGAGGACGGAGCGACAGCCUGAACAGGGUCUCUGGUUCUCCUGUAGAAGAUGUGACUUUAUGGGUACAAGUGAAAGUAGGAAUGACUUAUCUUCUUCUAUAAAGUGAAAGAAUGUGUGAGGAUCCACAGGAAACAGACAGAACGCAGAGAGUCAAACACUGUGGUGUCCCCUCCUGCUGAAUUUGGGAGCUCAGAGCUGAAGCACAGUUUACUGAUGACGUUAGCUAAACUAGGGCUACAUCCAGCCAGAUCCAGAGGACUGAGUGUGGAUCGAUGCCUUAAAAUGUCCUCUCAGCUUUACUCCACCUGCCAGCUGAUCCCAAAAAACUGAAGUUCACGAUGACUUUUGUCCAGGUCACAAACCUACAAUGAAUUUCACGGUGCUGACUGUGACCUGUGAUAGCCAACACUGGAAAAUGACGACAAGGUUUCACUGUCGGACCUACGUCACUGAGCCAGAACACAAUGUGACCAACACUGAGACUGCACUGGAUUGUUUUCUACUCGUACUGUACUUGUUUGUAUAAAAGACUGAAGGAUGGACAUCAGACAGGACGAGCCUUCUCUUCUAGUCUGUGCUGUGUAGCACUGGGGAGGGUGGAAGCAGGGUAUUUUUUUAAGGUUUACUGGCUACAACUAUUACAACUAUUGUGCACAUCUUCAGCCACAUACAUGUCCAUUAUUAAUUCACCUUCAGAUUUAUUUCUGCUAACCUAAAGGGACAGCUCACCCCCAAAUCAAAAAUACAUAUUUCUCCUCUUACCUGUAGUGCUGUUUAUCAGUUGAGAUUGUUUUGGUGUGAGUUGCAGAGUGUUGGAGAUAUCAGCCAUAGAGAUGUCUGCCUUCUCUCCAAUAUAAUGGAACUAGAUGGCACUCUUCAUCACUUUUGGUGCUCAACACUAAACAGCAAUGUCUCGCUCCAGAAAUCAUAACCUGGCUACUCAAAAUAAUCCACAGACCUUGUUGUAAAAAGUUUCCUGAAGGAACUAUUUUCUCUCUUUUCCAAACUACACCUGACAGGCAUAUCACCAAGCAGAAGGAAAUGUGCAUCUACUCAUGAAAGAGGCUUAAAUUGGUGACAGCGAGAGAUAAAAACAUUAAUGGCGUCCUCUUCAGCUGAGCUGUCAUGUUAGCUAGCUCAGUGGUGCUAGGUGAGCUCGCAGUAGAUGCGCACUUCCUUCUGCACAGUGAUACAGUUGGAAAGUUUCUACAUGAAACUGCCCUACAGCAAGAUUUGUGGAUUAUCUUGAGUAACCAGGUCAUGAUUUCUGCAAAGAGACAUUGAUGUUGAGUUUUUCAAAUGUAGUUUUUGGCACUUUGAGCACCACAAGCUGAGCUUGGAGAGAAGGCAGACAUCUCUAUGACUGAUAUCUCGAACACUUCAAGUCACACCAAAACAAUCUAAUCUGAUUGAUAAACAGGUAAGAGGAAAUUGAUUUUGGUGUGAACUGUCCCUUUAACCUGCUGAUGCCUCUAUUUAUAAAGGUAAUUUAUUCACACCCGAGUUGAAACUCUACAUGAAAGGUAACAAAUGAGCAAGACGUUGAGGGAACAAACGACCUCUGACAAGCACUCUCUACAAAUACUGUACACAACUCCUGCAUUUUACAAAAGCCUUGUCUCAUUUUAAAACUUGUUUUUUAUUGCGGUACUUCAUUACUUUGGUGUAAUGACAUAUGUAAAGAUAAGAGGAAAUAAGUCUGUUUGCCAGAACACAAGGGCUGAAAUACAGGAAUAAAGCUGAAUCCAAACUCCUGCCUUAUGACUGUGUUUAGACAGAAUGCUAAGCUCAUUUGACAGGCUGUGUGAUUAGAAAGUAGAAAGACACAAGUAAAUAUUUUAACUUGAGUGAAAAAUGUGUGUCUGAGGUGUCUGUUUCUAGCUAACAUAUGUAGCUAGCUGGUAGAGCUGCUGUUUGGGGCACAUUAACAUGAAAUGGUUGAGCGGUCAAAUUUGUGUAGCAUUGUGUCUGAACACACCUUUACAGUUUGAAUAGAUAGAUCGCCCUUAAAUUAGAGUCAAAUUCUGAGUAGUUUGUCCUGUUUAUAAAUGUGUCCUUACAUGUAUAGCUACUGUAAAAUGUUAGCGCAACAUUUCCUCUAGUGGCAAAACCUGUAUAGAUAU